AUGGUCUUCCUUAAAAACGUAGCCAUCGUCGGUGCCACCGGCACCGUCGGCAAGUUCAUCGCCUCCGAACUCGUCCACUCCAACCAACAUACCGUCACCGCCCUCACCCGCGACGCCACCGCCCCCGGCCUCCCUACCGGCGUCCACGCCGUCGCCGUCGACUACGCCGACCCCUCCACCCUCGUCGCCGCCCUCCAGGGUAUCGACGUACUCAUCAUCACCAUGGCGUCCACCGCACCCCGCGACACCCAAGCCAAGCUCAUCGAAGCCGCCGCCAGCGCCGGCGUGAAAUACGUGGUCCCCAACGGCUGGGGCGUCGACGCCUCCCACCCGGCCGCCGCGGAGACGCUCAUCGGCCCUUUACUCGCCGGCGCACAGGAGCUGACCGAGGCGCGCGGCAUGGGCUGGAUCACCUUCACGUCGGGGUUCUGGUACGAGUUUAGCCUCGCGGGCAAGCGCAACUGGUUCGGCUUCGACAUCGAGGAGCGGUCCGUGGUGCUCUUCGACGACGGCCGCACCAAGGUCAACACGUCGACGUGGGCGCAGACGGGGCGCGCCGUCGCCGCGGUGCUGGCGCAGGACGAGGCCGCGCUCGCCGCCAAGUACCGCAACAAAAACGUCUACUUUUCCUCGUUUUACGUUUCCCAGCGCGAUAUGCUCGACUCGUUGCUGCGCGUCACGGGUACCCAAGAGUCGGACUGGAAGAUCGAGUACGAGCCCUCGGCCGAGCGCUUCGCCAAGGCCAUUGCCAUUGUGAAGACGGGCGACUUUUCGGCGUUUGAGCGCGCGCUGUACUCGCGCUGGUUCUUCCCCGAGGCCGAGGGCGUGGGUGCCUCGGCGUGGCAGGCGCACCACACGCUCGCUAACGAGGAGCUGGGUCUGCCGCAGGAGGACUUGGACGAGAGGACCAAGUAUACGGUGGAUCACCAGAAGGAGCUCAUGGGCAAGUACGGCCGCCCGAGGCACGAGCGGACGGAGCCCGUUCGCUCGAUUGUCCCGUAA